CCCCAAACUGUUUCCGGUGGGACGCGGGCUGGGUUAUACUUCCGGGUCGGCGGCCGGUAGCGGCCUGCCCAGUUCCCGGUGUCGGUAUUCCCCCCCCCCUCCCCCGCCAUGUCCACGCUGUUCCCCUCGCUGCUGCCCCGCGUUACCGAGUCUCUGUGGUUCAACCUCGACCGGCCCUGCGUGGACGAGACCGAGCUGCAGCAGCAGGAGCAGCAGCACCAGGCCUGGCUCCAGAGCAUAGCCGAGAAGGACAACAACCUGGUGCCCAUAGGAAAGCCAGCGUCCGAGCAUUACGACGAGGAGGAGGAGGAGGACGACGAGGACGACGAAGAUAGCGAAGAGGACUCGGAGGACGACGAGGACAUGCAGGAUAUGGACGAGAUGAACGAUUAUAACGAGUCUCCCGAUGACGGGGAGAUCAACGAGGUGGACAUGGAGGGGGCAGAGCAGGAUCAGGACCAGUGGAUGAUCUGAUUCCGCCGUGGCCACAGCAAACCAGAGCCUGAGGAACUGGGAGGACACUGGGGAAGAGCCCUCGCCCACCACGGCUCUGGGGCCCUGGGGUGUGGUUUGGUGAAGCUGCUUCUGCCGUGGCCAUUCCGGCGGGGGGGGCUGCAUGGGGCAGGGGGGCUUCAAGGUAAAGCUGCCCGGGGGGCUGGAGAGAUGCAGCGGCUGCCAGGGCAGCGCUGGCUCUGCCCAACACUGCGGCGGUGCGUUGUCUUUUCUAAUAAACUCAAUUUUCAAGAAAA